AUGGUCAUUCUAGCACUGUCGGGUCAUUAUGCUUCUCUCCUGAUGGCACUACAUUAGCAUCUGGCAGUUUUGACAACACUAUCUGUUUGUGGGAUGUUCAAACUGGAUAAUAAAUAGCCAUUUUAGAAGGCCAUACUAGCGAUGUCAAAUCAGUAAGCUUCUCUUGAUGGUACCACUUUGGCUUCUGGUAGUGGGGAUGACUCUAUUUGUUUAUGGGAUGUGAAGACCCGAUAAUAAAAAGCAAAAUUAAAUGGUCACAUUGGAAGUGUCUGUUCAGUAUGUUUUUCUCCUGAUGGUAAUUCAUUAGCAUCUGGGAGUGGAGAUAAGACCAUCCGUUUCUGGAAUGUUUAGACUGGAUAGUAAAAAGGCUAAUUAGAUGGUCAUAGUGGUUAUGUGUGGUCAAUUUGCUAUUCUCCUGAUGGAUUAACUCUAGCAUCUGGGAGUGAAGAUAAAUCUAUUCGUUUGUGGGAUGUUAAUACUGGAUAAUUAAAAGCCAAAUAGGAUUGUCAAGAUGAUAUUAGAUCCGUUUGUUUUUCUCCUGAUGGUACAACAUUAGCAUUUUGGAAUGGAAAUAGGUCUAUCUGUUUGUGGGAUGUUAAGACUGGAUAAGAAAAAGGCAAAUUAGAAACUCAUAGUGAUUCUGUAUGGCCAAUAUGCUAUUCUCCUGACGGUACUACAUUGGCAUCUGGUGGUUGUGAUAACACUCUCUGCUUGUGGGAUGUUGAUAAAGGAGAAUUAAAAGCCAAAUUGAAAGGUCAUAGUGGAAUUAUCCCCUCAGUAUGUUUCUCUCCUGAUGGUUAUACAUUAGCUUCUGGUAGUGUAGAUAAAUCUAUCCGUUUUUGGGGUGUUAAAACAACAGAAGAACAAAUAACCAAAUUGGAUGGCCAUAAUGAUUAUGUCACGUCGAUUUGCUUCUCUUCUGAUGGUACUAUACUAGCCUCAGGCAGUGGGGAUAAUUCUAUCUGUUUAUGGGAAAUUAAGACAGGAUUAGAAAUAGCAUAAUUGAAGGGUCAUUAUCAAUGGGUUUCAUCUGUAUGUUUCUUUCCUGAUGGGACUACAUUGGCAUCCGGUAGUGAAGAUGGGUCUAUUCGGUUAUGGGAUGUUAAGACUGGAUUAUAAAAAGCCUAACUGGAUGGUCAUUUUGGUGGUGUCUGUUGUAUAUGCUUAUCCUCUGAUGGUGAAACAUUAGCAUCUUGUGGUAGGGAUUACUCUAUCCGUUUAUGGAAUGUAAAGACAGGAUAAUUAAAAGCCUAAAUGGAUGGUCAUAGUAAAUGUGUUUUCUCAGUAUGCUUUUCUCUUGACGGUGCUACAUUAGUAUCUGGUAGUGGGGAUAAGACUAUCCGUUUAUGGGAUGUCAUGACAGGAUAAUAAAAAGUCUAAAUGGAUGGUCAUAAAAGUUACGUUGAAUCAGUAUGCUUCUCACCUGAUGGAUUUACUAUAGCAUCUGGUAGUGAUGAUAAAUCUAUUUGUUUAUGGGAUGUUUUGACAGGAUAAUUAAAAGCCUAAAUGGAUGGUCAUAGUGAUGAUGUUCUAUCAGUUUGCUUCUCACCUGAUGGAACUCAUAUAGCUUCUGGUAGUAGUGAUAAAUCUAUCUGUAUUUGGGAUGUGAAGACAGGACAACAAAAAAUUAAAUUGGAUGGUCACAGCGCUUAGGUUUACUCAGUAUGUUUCUCUCCUGAUGGUAGAUUAGCAUCUGGUAGCAAAGAUAAACUUAUUCGUUUAUGGGAUAUUAAAUUGGAUUGA